CACCCCCUAGUCAUAGCGAUAACACCACCUCUCAUUUGUUGACGCACUUUUCCGCUAUCCAGACCAGACAAAACGAAAAGAGUAAAAGGUGUUACCAACGUUUUGUCAAAUUGUGGAGCAAAUCCCAGCUCCAAAAAUGGCGGCAAUGAUGAUCAUCAUGGUAUCCCUCCCCACAGCGACAACAACAACAACGACGAAAAGUUCAAUUGCUCCAUUCCCCUUGUCAUCGUCAUAUUCCACCUUCAGUUACUUCACAACUAGAAGAAGAAAAAGCACACACAUUGAAUAUAUUGAUCGAUUUUCAUUUAGGAGUACCCCAACAGACAGCAAUCCCGUAAUCUUAUCGAACUUCGCUGAAGGAGAGGUAUCUUCUCCUCCAUCUGUUGUUUUUUCUUCUUCGUUAGAUUCGGCUUCGGAUGUUGUUAGAAGGUUCUACGAGGGAAUUAACUCCCGCGACCUUUCGACGGUUGUGGAUCUCAUAGCAGAAGACUGCAUUUACGAGGACCUUGUUUUCCCCCAACCUUUUAUCGGUCGCAAGGCUAUACUUGAAUUUUUUGAGAAGUUUAUAUACACUAUCAGCCAAGAUCUACAGUUUGCCAUUGAUGACAUAUCUGGUGAAGAUACUUUAGCUGUUGGAGUGACUUGGCACUUAGAAUGGAAGGGAAAGCCUUUUCCAUUUAGCAAAGGAUGCAGCUUUUAUCGGUUAGAGGUUGUAAAUGGGCAACGAAAAAUAAUUUACGGUAGAGACAUUGUGGAGCCUGCAGUGAAGCCCGGAGACCUUGCCUUGGUUGCCAUUAGAGGGGUGACAUGGCUGCUCCAACAAUUCCCACAAUUAGCAGAGCGGUUCUAACUAUAUAUAUAUAUAUAUAUAUAUAUAUAUAUAUAUAUAUAUAUAUAUAUAUAUAUAUAUAUAUAUAUAUAUAUAUAUAUAUAUAUAUAUAUCAAGUAACACAUAUCAUUUUUAUUUUUAUUUUAAAUUCAGGAAAAAUAUAUAGCUGUCUUUCCCUGUAUCCAUUAUAUUUUGUAGGGUGAUAUGCAAAAAUGGCAACAUACUUUCCUUGAUUUCUUUA